ACCAACUGUCGGAUUGUCAGAGAAACGAAGUGGGGCGGCUGCUGGUAUAUAACCUAAUUUUCUAGGGAUUGAAAGAGUUUUUUUUCAGGUCAAAACUGAAUUAGUAACAGUUUUUUUUUAAAAGAAACGAUUUGAACGAUUACAACGAUUGUUUGUUGUAAUAAUAGUAGGUUUUAAGGUUUAAAACAAGUGUGUGCUUUUUGAAGGGCGUUUCCGACUCGAGGAGAAAAUGAGUUACCCGGGAUAUCCAGGAUACCCGCAGGCUCCAGGUCAGCAGCCUAACCAGCCUCCGGCCUACAAUCCGACUUCAUUGUCCUACCCUUUGUACCCCGGCUCUUCGGCGCCCUCUUAUCCGCAGUAUCCUCCCCAAUACCCGCCCGGCAAUUCGAUGCCGUAUCCACAGCAGUCGUGCCCGUAUCCGAGCGGUAACCCCAGCCCUUACCCGAGCGGUAAUCCAAGCCCUUACCCGAGCGGUAAUCCAAGCCCUUACCCGAGCGGUAACCCCAGCCCUUACCCGAGUGGCAACCCUAGCCCUUAUCCUGGUGGCGUUUCAGUCUAUCCUCCGAGCUCUAGUCCUUAUCCGCCGGUCACGACUUACCCCAGCAUGGGCGGUACCCAGUCCUCUCCUUAUCCUAGUGGAAACCCGUCUCCUUAUCCUCCCCAGACCAGCGGGUACCCCGCACAGAAAAAUGUCUCUUACUCUACCCAGUCUUCCCCUGGCUGUGGUUAUCCUGGAUCCAUGGCUCAAGUAUCACAACCGGGAACAGGGUACCCUAGUGGACCUCAAGGCAUGGGGCAUUCGGCUCCUGUAUAUUCAUCUCCUGCACAAGCUAAUAUUAAAACACCAACACCCACUGUCCGGCCUGCAAACCCGUUCAACCCAAGGGAAGAUGCCGAAGUGCUACGUAAAGCUAUGAAAGGUUUUGGGACAGAUGAAAAGGCUUUGAUCAAUGUAAUUGCUAACAGGACCAAUGAACAAAGACAGAGGAUAGCCUUUGAGUACAAAACUCUUUACGGCAAGGACUUGAUUUCUAAUUUAAAAAGCGAAAUAAGUGGUUAUUUUGAGGAUGCUAUUGUUUCUCUUAUGACCCCACGACCUGAAUUUCUUGCUAACGAAGUGCAUCAUGCAUUAAGCGGAAUCGGCACGGUAGAGGAGACACUCGUCGAAAUACUCUGCACUGCUAGCAAUUAUGAAAUCAAAACUUUGUGCAUGGCUUAUCAAAAAUUGUACGGCAAAUCUUUGGAGUCUGAUCUGGCUGGAGACACCUCUGGCAGUUUUAGAAGGCUUCUUGUGUCGUUGUGCCAAGGCAAUAGAUCGGAAAUGUAUCAAGUAGAUCAAGCGGAAGCAGUAAAUGACGCACAGAAACUUUUGAGAGCAGGUGAGCUUCGCCUUGGGACUGACGAAUCGACAUUCAAUGCAGUUUUGUGCAGCAGAAGUUAUACUCACCUCAACCAGGUUUUCCAAGAGUAUUACCGGCUUACAGGAAAUGAUUUUGAACAGGCUAUCAAAAGCGAGUUUUCCGGUGAUAUCGAAGCUGGGCUCCUCGCUAUCGUAAGAUCUGUAAAAGACAAGGCUGAUUAUUUUGCCAAUGAACUUAAUAAAGCGAUGAGUGGCGUGGGAACAAGAGAUAGAGCCUUGAUAAGAAUAAUCGUGGGCAGGAGCGAGGUAGACCUCGGUGAUAUUAAGGUGGUGUUUCAGAGGAAAUUUGGCAAAUCUCUGGAAGAAGCAGUUGCUAGUGAAACAUCUGGCGAUUACAAAAGAACUCUAUUAGCUGUUCUUGCUUGAAUUAAUUUAUGUAAUAAUAUAUGUAGCAUUACAUAUUAUUAAAAAAAGUUAAACAACAAUGUUAUUAAAAUAAGAUGAAUGAGCAUUUAAAGAGCCUUGACAUGUUGCAUCAAAAUGCAAUUUGUAAUAUACAAAUCUUAUUAGAAUUAAAUUUGAAAGGCCUUUAAAACUGAGCUUAUUUUUACAUAUACUGUUGCCAAACUGAUUGUUCAUCAAUCUCUUCCUACUUUUACAUCUACAGUUAUGGGCCUUUAGUUUUUUUUAAUGCUCUGAGUAAACUAUAUUUUGGAAUUUUAAUAUGAAAACUUUGCUGUGUGUCAAAUUGCCUUAUUGUUUGUAUUACAAAAUCAAUUUAUGGAAUUGUUCCGUGCCAAUAUGUAUGUUAGCUUUGAAGAUUUCAAUUAAGGUUAA